AUGGCAGAGUCUAUCCUCACGAGCCCGGGGCCGCAUGCUCUCAAAGCCAGGGAUGAGCAAGAAAAGUCCCCGAGCCAUCUUGGUGAAGUUGAAACCAUUCGAAAUGGUAGCUCCGACCCCGAAAGAAACGAAGAUACACACCGUGGUUUCAAGCCUCAACACUCUCAGAUGAUAGCCAUGGGGGGUGCUAUUGGAACUUCACUGUUCCUAGGAACUGCCCAGGUUCUUCGCAUUGGCGGUCCUCUGUUCCUCCUGAUUUCAUAUGGAGUUCUGUCUAUACUUAUCUACUGCAUCGUCACUGGAAUUGCCGAGAUUGCAACUUAUCUCCCUGUUCCGGGAGGCACUAUGGCCUACUACGGACACAAAUAUGUGUUUCGCAGCCUGGGAUUUGCAAUGGGAUAUCUCUACUGGUACUCACUUGGCAUCUUGAUCCCCUACGAAUUCGUCGCGUCUAUGCUUCUCAUCAACUAUUGGGGCACUACGGUUAAUGGCGCCGUGUGGAUCACCAUCAUAUAUGUUAUCAUAGUCAUUGUUAACCUCUUCCCGGUUAGAGUCUUUGGAGAGUGCGAGUUUUGGAGCGUAGGCAUGAAAGUUCUCCUCAUCUUGGGCCUCAUCUUUCUCUCCGUUGUGCUGUUUUUCGGGGGAGGCCCUGAUAAAGAUGCGCUCUACUUUCGAUACUGGAAAGACCCUGGUCCAAUCGUGGAGGGCGAUGCCGGACGGCUCGUUGCACUGCUUCAGUCUUUUGUUCUAGCAUCCUUCGCAUUCGUAUUGGCUCCUGAACAACUCAUUGUGACAGCGGGCGAGAUGCAAUCGCCACGCUACAACCUCCCUCGAGCCGCUCGACGACACAUUUGGCGCCUGGUCGUUCUUUUCAUGCCCUCCGUCCUCGGAAUUGGUGUAGUCUGCUCACCAAAUGAUCCCCGACUCACAGCACCUGGGACUGCGCGCUCACCUUUCAUUAUUGCCAUCAAGAACGCCGGCAUCCCAGUCCUGGAUAGCAACGUCAAUGCACUGAUCCUCCUUUCAGCGAUCACGGCUGCGAACGCAUUCCUCUACUCUGCCUCUCGAAAUCUUUAUUCACUUGCCAAGGCCGGAAAUGCGCCAGCAAUAUUCAAGAGAUGCAAUAGAUAUGGCCUUCCGUAUCAUGCAGUAUUGAUCACUGCUGCCCUCAGAUGCCUAGCAUAUCUCAACCUGUCUAAUAGUAGUCUGACGGUCUUCAACUGGCUAAUCAAUCUUACCAAUACCUCCGGCUAUAUUAGUUGGAUCUGCUGUGGUAUAAUUUACGUGAGAUACCGCAAAGCCAUUACUCAUCACAAGUUGGAGUCCCCAUACCGCUCCCGUCUCCAACCAUGGGGCAUGUACUUUGGAGUCCUUGUCUCCGCCAUUCUAUUGCUCAUCAACGGAUUCACUGUCUUCUUUCCUUCAUAG